AUAUCUCCGUUUUUCCUUUAAAUAUGUGCAACAAUAUUUACGUUUUAAAUCAAUUAUGUAACGCGUUUCUUCAUCGAUCAAAAAAUACGUCACCCCUGGUUCCCAGCUGUUCCAUAUAUAUAUAUAUAUAUAUAUAUAUGCAGAUAUAUCUAUGCCACGUAUAACCUCUCUACUUCUCUCCCUUAUAUAUUAUGUAUCGUAUCUCGGAAAUUGCAGCGAGGUUAGUGUGUCACACUAAGGUGCGUGAAACCACUACGCGAAAUUCGAACAUGCUACGAGAACAAUCAUAACAUGCACGCACACAGUUUAUUUAAGUAUACAGUAAUUAGUAACAUUUGUAAUAUCUGAUUUUCAACUGACGUUAUGGCGAUGCUUCAUUCUUUUCGUUCGACGCGAAGCAGAUUUCCAAUAGCCGAUGGUUUCAGACGUUUAUGGACUUCUAGGGUUUUGCUGGUCGAUCAACCUGAAAAUGAUAGUAAUAGGAAGACAGAAUCACAACAAUCUACUCACGAGGAAAGUGAUGAGGAAUAUGAUACAAAUAUUAAAAUAAAAAUACUUGGCGCUUCUCUGAAAUUUGUUCCUGAUAUGGGAUGGAGCAAACAGGCUAUCAGUGCUGGUGCCGAAUCGAUAGGAUAUCCAGGUGUAAUACACGGACUUUUUCCAAAUGGUGGUGCGGCUUUAGUCCAAUACUUUUAUUCUGAAUGCAAUCGCAAAUUAAAUCAGAUGCUAGAAAAAGAAACAUUAGCUAUUAAAGCGGAUCCUUCGAGUCCACGGAAGACGCCAGAGCAGCAAGUUCGAGAUGCUGUAGAGACACGGUUGAGAAUGGUGAUUCCCUAUAAAAAGACCUGGCCACAGGCAUUGGCUAUUAUGACUCUACCACCAAAUGUACCGACUGCUUUAGCGAAUUUAUUAACUUUAGUUGAUGAUAUCUGCUACUAUGCCGGCGACAGAUCCGUCGAUAUCCACUGGUAUACUAGAAGAAUGAUAUUGGCAACCAUUUACAAGGCCACUGAGUUGUAUAUGCUGCAAGAUAUCAGUGAAGACCAUAAAGAAACCUGGUUAUUCUUAGAGAGACGAAUAAAAGACGCUUUACAAGUAUAUGCGACGCUUUCGAGUACUGCUAAGCCGGAUGAAGCUUUAAGUUGUGCCACAGAGACGGCGACUGCUGUUUUUGUAACGGCGCGCAAUAUACUUGGAUUGAGUUGGAAUAAAUAAAAGUUAGAGAAAGAUUUAGGAAGAAGAGAGAACAUUGUAGAUAUUUACAAUUAAAAUUUCUUAAUAAAAUUAAAAGAAGUUUUUCUAUUUAAGUACCUGGUCUCACGCGUGAAAAAUGAAUAUGAAGAAUAUUACCUAGUAGCUAUAAUAGCUAUAAUUUAUUUUACACUGUAAUAUAUUUUAACGAAACCUGUACAAUAAAAU